GGAAACAAUCCCAUUAAUUCAUCGACGAUCAGAUAGACAAGGAGAGUCAAUGGGAAUCACCACUGCGCAACACACCGGCCAUUGCUACUCCAAUUCAAAGCCCUCCAAUCUUGCUUGGUGUGAAUGGGUCUCCGGUCGCCGAAUUCGGCGGAUCCCAAGUCCAUCCGCAAACCGCGACUCUCCAUCUUCUCCCGUCUCGUCGUCUGCUCCACUUUACUACUGGGGGUCAGCAUCAUCUUAAAAGCCCGCCACCAGCUACUCCCUGCUCUCCUCCCGCACCUCUAUUCCUCCUCCGUCUCCUAUACCCAACCCGCAACCAUGGCCUACCAACAAGAACGUUAUAUCGCCGAGCUCGCCGUUCAGCGCGCAACGCUCCUCACCCAGAAGGUCUUCAACGAGAAGGCCAAGGGCACCGUGUCCAAGGAUGACAAGUCGCCCGUUACCAUUGGCGAUUUCGGAGCCCAGGCCCUGAUCAUUCAGGCCAUCCGCAAGAACUUCCCAAACGAUGAGAUCGUCGCCGAGGAGGAGGCCAGCACUCUCCGCGAGGACAAGGCGCUGAGUGCCGAGAUCUGGAGACUCGUCAAGGACAUCAGACUGGAGGACAGCGAGAGUGACAAUCUCCUGGGCGGCGCUCUGCCAAGCGAGGAAGCGAUGCUGGACAUCAUCGACGAAGGCAAGAGCGCUGGCGGCGCCAAGGGUCGCGUCUGGGCCCUGGACCCCAUCGACGGCACCAAGGGCUUCCUGCGCGGCGGCCAGUACGCCGUCUGCCUCGGCCUGAUCGAGGACGGUGAUGUCAAGGUCGGCGCCAUCGGCUGCCCCAACCUGCCUGUGAAUGACGCCGAGACCCUGUCCGCCGGGAUUGGUGCGGAGCAGACCAGUGGCGCCGGCAACGGCGUCCUCUUCUCUGCUAUCCAGGGUGUCGGCGCCAUCAGCAGACCCCUGACCAACGCCGGGCUCGCCGAGAGCAAGUCGAUUGCCAUGCGUCCCGUCCCCGAUAUCGCCCAGGCCGUCUUCUGCGAGGGUGUCGAGGCCGCCCACUCCGCUCAGGGCGACAAUGCCGCCGUCGCCCAGCGUCUGGGCAUCACCGCCCCCAGUGUGCGUCUGGACUCCCAGGCCAAGUACUGUUCCAUCGCCAGAGGAGCCGGUGACAUCUACCUGCGCCUGCCAGUGAAGAAGGACUACCAGGAGAAGAUCUGGGACCACGCCGCCGGAGACCUGAUCGUCCGCGAGGCGGGCGGCCAGGUGACCGAUAUCUACGGCCAGAGAUUGGACUUCAGCAAGGGCCGGACCUUGGCUGCUAACAAGGGUGUCGUCGCCGCCCCCAAGGCCAUUCACGACCAAGUAAUCGACGCUGUGAAGGUUGUCCUCAAGCUGUAAAACGUUACGAAUCUUCUGUCAUGCAUAUAUGGUAAAAUUUUUUUUCUUGCUCCAUAAACUGUC